UUGCGUUCUGUACGUAUGUGUGUACCGUAUCUCGUGUGUGGUUCAUGCUUGUGUCUUCAUGGAUGCAUCACCCUUGUCAAAUUGUCCAACAGCACUCAUCAUUCUAAAGAGCACAGAUCAUCUCUGAACAUAGCGAACAUGGACAUGGAAUUCGAGGCCAUUUAUGAAAAUAUGAAACCCCAAAAUACUAACAGAAUUACAGUCGGACCUCAGACACAGAGUCGGAACCGGACCGAAGCUAAAGAAAGCAGACGAUGGUUUGUGCUGAUCACAGUGGGUCUUGGGAUCUUCUGUGCUCUUCUUGUUGUCACUCUUAUAGUGCUGUAUAGCCAUCUCACAGCAGAGAGAGAUCGGAUGGAGAUGAGAUAUAAGAACCUUAAAGAAUACUUGGAUACUCAUAACUAUGACUCUAUGAGUGGGGAUAACUCGGACGAGAGUGAUACACUUAUGGAGAGUAUUUCAGGGUCAUGCAGAUAUUUCAUAUCCUGUGAGAAGAAGAACUGGACUGACAGCAGACGGUUCUGUAGAGAUCGUGGUGGAGAUCUGGUCAUCAUCAACACUGAAAAAGAACAGAGAUACAUAUCUUCAGUGAUUACAGACACCAUGUGGAUUGGUUUGUCUGAUAUGGAGAAUGAGGGCGUCAUGCAGUGGGUGGAUAAUUCAGCAGUUGAUGUGAAGUUUUGGAUCUCUGGUGAACCAAAUGAUGCACGUGAAGAUGAAGACUGUGUUCAUAUGGUGUCUUCAUAUCCACCUAAACAAAACUGGAAUGAUCAGCCCUGCACAGAAGAGAGACGGUGGAUUUGUGAGAAUUAGAUCAUUUCUGCAUUCAUCUAAGAAAUUGUAAUGGUUUGUACCUGUACACCAGUUGUCUCAUUGCUUUGCAAAAUGAACAUUACAACUAUUUAAAUGAUACAAUAGGCUACAUUGUAACAUGCCCUACUAACGUUACUUGUUAACUUGAAGAAAUUGCUCAACAAAACCAGUGAGACCGUAAAAAUAAAUUAUUGUUGUUGCAAAAAAAUACCAAAGCACGACCCGAAGAGUUCGCGUUUAUGCUUUGUCUCCAUACUGGUGUAAUUACAACAUCUACCAGCAGAGGUCGACAGCAUCACGUAACCAGCCAAACCCUUAGCAGUUGUAGGACGUGAAAAAAAGCUUUUCUGGUUAUCUCUCAGACCAUAUUUCAUUUCACAGUCUCACACAAAGCAGUAUGUGCUCAUUUUAAUUGAAAUGUAGUAUUUCUGUAGCUUAAAAAGUACAGCACGGUGCGAGCAGCAAUGCAUUGCAGAAACGAAUAAAACAAUAUUUAUGAAAUAUUGUUACAGUAAAACAAAUCCAUAUGGUGACGCUUAGAGAUUUUGCAAAUAAUAUAUGUUAAAGUUCACCCAAAAAUGAAAAUUCUGUCAUCAUUUUCUCACCCACAGGUUGUUCCACAUCUAUAUACAUUUGUUUGUUUUAUUGAACACAACGGAAGAUAUUUGAAAGAAUGUCAGUAACCAAACAGAUCUCAUGCCCAUUUACUGCCAUAGUAGGGAAAAUAAAUACUAUGGGAGUCAAUGGGGGAUGAGAUCUGUUUGGUCCAGAGGUGUAUAGUACUUGAGUAUUUUACUCUCAGGGAUCAAGUAUCUUUACUUUUGUUUACUAGUGUUUUUACUUUGGAAAUGUUUUACUUCCAUACAUUAUAAAGCAUGGCAUAUAUCAUACUUUUUACUCAACUGCAUUUGAAAACUACAUGGCAAUUUUUA